AUGCUUCCUGAGUUCCGUGUUGUGAAAGGUGCACCCUUGGAUGCAGAGCCUGCUUGCCUCUCAGUCCUCAGCUACAACCUCCUGGCACCAGCGUUUGUCCGACCUAUUGACCUGCGAACUGGGGCUGUGCAGCCUUUCGCGGCCUUCGAGUGGGCUUCAGCAGAGGACCUCGAGUGGGAGCUGCGGAGGAAGCGACUGCUCAAACAGCUGGAAAGCUGGCAUGCUGAUGUGGUUUGCCUUCAGGAAGUCCAGUUUGAGGCUUCGCCGGAUGGCUCCUUCGCAUUGCCAGCGUGGCUGACGGGGCUUGAGAACUACACCGCAUGUAUCCCGGCGGAGAAGUACCUGACGCUCAUCGCGGAGCGGAAUGAGCGGGUCCUGGCAAACAAGGUUGCCAUUGGCUGCGCAGUUCUCUUCCGGAGCGACCGCUUGAUGCAGCCCUCCGACGUGGAGAGCUCAGGCGGAGACCCAAACACCCUGGUCUCGGCAUGCUUACAGGGUUUCCCGGAGUCACCUUUGGCAGCACUGGGGAAGACGGCCUUCUUCUCCGUCCACUUGGAUGCCCAGAGCGAGGAGAAGAGGGUUGAUCAGCUUCGCAAGUGCCUGGAAAAAGCACGGGCUCUGGGUACUCGGCAGGUGCUCUUCGCCGGCGACCUUAACACCGAGUGCCGUCCCGGCUCCUGCAUCGCAGCCUUCAUCUCAGACGAACCCCCCCCGGAGGAGGAGGUGGCCCGUGAGUGCGCAUCGGCCUUGCGCAUCGGCAGCGAGGACGGCGACGACGAGACCCCAGCUGACAGCAAGGAGACGGCAGGCGAAAACGGGGAGCCCUCUCCAGAGCAACUGGAGCAGUGGCGGCUGCUCUGGCAGAAGGCAGCGAAGUCUCCGGCUGAACACCGCGUCAAUCUAUCGCGUGUGCCCACCGGGACUACACGCUCGGCCUAUGACCACGGGAAAACCGAGGGUCCGUGCGUCACCUGGAAACUCGAUCACAUCUUGCACAGCCCCGAGACGCUCCAGCUCCGACAACUCUGGACAACCUUGGAGGAGGAUGAGGCGGCCUCUGCCAGCGGCUUGCCGAACCGGGAGAACCCCAGCGACCACCUUCCUGUUGCUGCCGUAUUCCAG